UGAGAAGUGAGACAUCAUAAAGUAAAGCCAGAAAGAGCUUACAGGUUUAUUCCAAGGUCGAGAUUGAGCCAAGCAAUAGACUAAAACACAGAAUGCUUCCCAGCCACAAUAAUUUCAGAUAUGAUUAUCAACUUCUCCACUGGCUCUCUGCUUUUACACUAAAAGAGCAUCAAUGGCUAUUGCCUCUUCCUCUCUCCCCUUUCUUUACUCCAACAAUGGAAUCUCGUCAUCAUCGGCAUAUUCUAUUCGCCUAUCUAGAACUCGACCACUCCAAUGCCGAUGUUCUUGGAAUCUAACCCGUGUCGUAAGUGCUAUGAAAUCUGAUGUUAGCAUCAGCAAGGAGAAUAUUGUUAUAGUUGGCGCUGGAAUCGCAGGUCUUGCCACUGCAGCGUCUCUCCAGAGGCUCGGAAUUCAAUCAGUGGUGCUGGAACAGGCAGAAUCACUUAGAACUGGUGGAACCUCGCUCACCCUUUUCAAAAACGGGUGGAGGGUGUUGGAUGCAAUUGGAGUCGGUAGUGAUCUCAGGAGCCAAUUUCUUGAAAUUCAAGGGAUGGUUGUAAAGUCGGAAGAUGGAAGGGAGCUUCGCUCCUUCAGGUUCAAAGAUGAAGAUGAAAGCCAAGAAGUUCGAGCUGUUGAGAGGAGAAUACUCCUGGAGACUCUGGCAAAUCAGCUGCCACCAGAAACAAUCCGUUAUUCUUCGGGGUUGGAUAAGAUAGAAGCAAGUGAAAAUGGAGAAACUCUACUGAAACUUGUUGAUGGAACUCAGCUACAAGCAAAGAUUGUUAUUGGCUGUGAUGGCAUCCGAUCUCCAAUUGCGAAGUGGAUGGGAUUCUCUGAGCCUAAGUAUGCUGGACACUGUGCAUUCCGCGGGCUAGGAUUUUAUGCCGAAGGACAUUCAUUUGAACCAAAAGUGAAUUAUGUCUACGGCAGGGGAUUGCGUGCCGGAUAUGUUCCUGUUUCUCCGACAAAAGUUUACUGGUUCAUCUGCUUCAAUAGCCAAUCUCCAGGUCCUAAAAUUACCGAUCCAUCAGUUCUGAAGAAACAAGCUAAGGAGCUAAUCAAGAACUGGCCUGUAGAACUACUGAACUUAAUAGAUAUAACCCCAGAUGAAACAGUAAGUAAGACUCCCCUUGUCGAUCGUUGGCUGUGGCCUGCUGUAAGCCGUUCGGCUUCGGCAGGAAGGGUAGUGUUGGUUGGAGAUGCAUGGCACCCAAUGACUCCCAAUCUGGGGCAAGGUGCUUGUUGUGCAUUGGAGGAUUCAGUAGUUCUAGCAAGAAAGCUUGCAUAUGCGAUUAACUCCGGAACUGCAUCUAUUGAAGAUGCUUUCAAGUCCUACGGAACAGAAAGAUGGUCCCGUGUAUUCCCACUAACAAUUCGUGCAAAUCUCGUAGGAUCACUGCUGCAGUGGGAGGACCCAAUUGUUUGUUCCAUUCGAAACAAUGUCGUCUUACCUAAGCUAGCUAGGCUUGGACCACUCCUGGAGCACACAAAUUUUGAUUGUGAACCUCUACUAACAACAAAUGUCUGAAACGAUAGGGAAACAAGGAGAUAUCAAGCAACACAUACAGUGUUUAAUACCAGUGGACUGAAGCUUAUUUCUAUAUUUAAAUACAUUGUACAGAACCUAAAUUGUGUUUAUGUACCAACAAAUUGUUAUUUUGAUGUCUAUGAACACAAUAAUAACAAGGAUAGAUUAAAUAUAUGAAUAUAAUUAAGAGUUAAAGGUUAA